GUUGGCGCCGAGCAACCGGACACCCCAAAAGGAGCCCACUUUGCCCCGAAGCAGCAGCAGCAGCUGCCCCCAAAUUUGACCCUCUCCGAGGCUUCCUGCCAGCUUCCAGCAAGGCACCGUGCUUACGUUUCUCCUUGGCAAGAGGGGCACCCACGUUGUUCUUUUGCCAUGCACCCCUUUGCCCGGGUGAGGGGCUUUGCGGUGGAACUGGACAGGCAGGCCGGCGGUGGCACCGUCUACCGGGGAGGAGAGGCCCUCUCCGGGCAGGUUGUGGUGGACGUCGCCAAGGCGGUCAAGGUGAGAGCGCUGGCCGUCUGUGCCCGAGGUCUGGCCACUGCCCACUGGCUGGAAGGCAAGAGCAUUGGGAUGAACACCAUCUACAGCGACUACACAGCCUUCCAGACUUACCUGAGAAGGAAGCAGCACCUGAUCCCAGACAACGGAGGCGCCACUGUCCUUCAGGCUGGCCGACAUGAAUUCCCUUUCACUUUCCAGCUGCCAGAAUCCUUGGCUACUUCCUUUGAGGGAAAACACGGAAGCGUCCGCUAUUGGGUGAAAGCCAAGCUCCACCGUCCCUGGGCUUCCGUCAAGAAAGCCAAAAAGGAUUUCACCAUUAUUGAGCCCAUCGAUAUCAACACGCCGGCGUUACUGGCUCCACAAGCCGGUGCCAAGGAGAAGCUGGCACGCGCCUGGUAUUGCAACCGAGGGCAGGUCUCCGUCUCCGCCAAGAUCGACCGGAAAGGCUAUACCCCAGGUGAGGUGAUCCCCAUCUUUGCCGAGAUCGACAACUGCACCACCCGCACGGUGGUCCCCAAGGCGGCCAUCAUCCAGACGCAGACCUUCGUGGCCCGCGGCACCAGGAAGCAGAAGAAGUCCGUGGUGGCCUCCAUGCUGGGCGAUGCCAUCGCGGCCGGAAAGAGGGAAGUGUGGCACGGCCGGGCAAUCAAGAUCCCCCCCGUGGGACCCUCCAUCCUCGAGUGUCGCAUCCUCCAUGUCGAGUACACGCUCAAGGUCUGCAUCGAGAUCCCGGGGACUUCGAAGCUGUUCCUGGAACUGCCGCUGGUCAUCGGCACAAUCCCCUUGCACCCCUUUGGCAGCCGCACCUCCAGCAUCAGCAGCCAAUACAGCGUCAAUCUGGAUUGGGCCCGGAUGGCAAUUCCAGAAGAACCCGAGGCUCCGCCUGAAUACUCGUCUGUCGUGUCCGGCGAGGAACCCCUGGAGACCCUCUCGCCACCCAGCCAGGACAGCAGCGGCCCCCCCGGCGUCCUCGAAGGGCCCUUUUUCGCCUACAUCCAGGAAUUCCGCUUCCGGCCACCUCCGCUGUAUUCCGAGGUGGAUCCCAACCCCCCUUCGGACACCGCCAUCCGCCCCCGCUGCAUGACCUGCUGAGAGGCGCUCGGCUGCUAUUAGAUCUCUUUGGAUGGAUCUCUUUUGGGAUCCCGUGAGGAAGAAGGAGCCGCCGGCAACCCCGGAGGCUGGAACCCCCCGCAAUCUGCGUGCGAAUGAGGAGAGGGGCUCCGGCGGGGAGAUGGCUCCUUGACCACCCGCACCCCCCGAGGCGGCAGAGGCGAUGGUUUCGGGUGUCCCAGACCGACAGCACCCGAUCCGCCGAGAUUUCCCUUUACGGAGGAGGAAAGGGGGACAUUUGCCCCCCCCCCAAGGGGGAAUGCCUGCCUUGUGACUCAGACACUUUACAGCAUUCCCGGUUUCUCUUAAGACCAGCUGAGUCUCCCGACACAUACGGGCGAGAAAAUAGGGUGCAGAAAUUCCCCAGGGAGCGGCUCCUCUGCGGGACAAAUUGCGGGGUUGAGCAAAGGUUUUGGGGUUCCCCCCUGAUUUUAUCCCAUCCACGAACCCGCCGCUCUGGGUUUCAGGGCGGGAAGAUCCACCCGUAGGUUUUUAAGGUGUUCUGGGGUGGGGAAAAGAGGAUCGGAACAGCUUGGCAGGAGAGAGCAAGGAACCUUUGUGCUGUUGAAGGCUAAGAAAAUUAGUUGCUCCAGAGAAGGAUUCCACCUCAACAUUAGGAAGAACUUCCUGACAGUAAGAGCUGUUCAACAGUGGAAUUUGCUGCCAAGGAGUGUGGUGGAGUCUCCUUCUUUGGAGGUAUUUAAGCAGAGGCUUGGCAGGCAUAUGUCAAGAAUGCUUUGAUGGUGCUUCCUGCUUGGCAGGGGGUUGGACUGGAUGGCCCUUGUGGUCUCUUCCAACUCUAGGAUUCUAUGUGGGGUUUUUUUGCCUUUUUGGGUGCAGACCAGACCCCAAAUUCUGGGCAUUUUGAAGAAGUUGUGGGGGGAUUGAAGAAAAUAGUUUUCUUCUUCUUCCCUCUGAAAUUGCAUUCCACUUUCCAGAGCUAGCUGGUCUCCAGGGGAGGGACGUAUUUUGAUUCCCCCCCCACAUUGGGACAGCGGCCUUAAGUUGUAAAUAUGUGUAAAUAUGAUUUUCCUGAUAUGCUGUGGCUCGAUGAAGAACUUACACAAAAGAACCAGUUUCCAGGUUCAUAUUUUUAUAGAAUACUUGCGGCCUUUUCAGGAAGAAAAAAACCCCUCAAAAAACUGUAUUUGAAAACGAGGCUUUGUAAGUUUGCAGGCUUUUUUGUACAAGUGUUGAAAUAAAAGUUGUGAAAUUUA